AUGCGUAACAAACCACGCCUGCACCUUGCGCUCUACGCUCGUCCCAAACAUCCAGACACUUACCACUACGCUCUCCUCAUUCGACCAAAACCCUCAAAUGCCCCGGCCGCCCUCAAAUUCCACGUUCACAACAAACUUCAAAAGACAGACGACAUCAUUUCACAACCCUGGCUCUAUGAGACUAUCGACAUCCCCGAUGUUUCUCUGGAGUCACGUCUUCUCGCUUGCAUCGCCAUCGAGAAGAUCCUUGUGCCUUUAGGACGCGUCAAUCAGAUCUUGCGUGAAGUCCCUGUACAUCAAGUCGACGAUCCCAGUGGACAAGGCGAAGGUUUCCCCUGUGUGGAGUGGGUUCAGCUCGCCAUCGCAGCACUUCGACGCGCCGAUGCUGUUUCCAACAAUGGAUUCACCUGGGACGGAAUAAGAGAGGAAGCGCUCAGAUAUAUGAGGAGGAAACGGCAGGAGAGGAGGUGGGAGAUGGGAUGGAAAGGAGGGCGACAGGAGGAUGUGGCCACGUUCGAUAUGCUGACGGGGGAGGAAGUUGUUCCUUAA